UUUUUUUUUUUUUUUCCAAAACCCGGAGUCUCGGGAAUAACAAAAAUGGUUAGCUGCAUCCGGAGAAGGCUUGCAGUCUGGAUGUUUGGGACUUGCAAGCAGGAACAAUGCCCUGGCAUAUGGUGAACUAGAAUAGCCAAACUUUACGCAGCCAACUUUUUCAAACUUAUAGGUUGUUUUGGUCAUUUUGGGAACUUUUAGAGCGUUAUGCCCAUCCUGAGCUCAAAUGCUUAUGUCUGCAUGCAUUUUCUCCUUUUGUUCCUCUUUUCUGUGAUUUUUUUUUUUUUUUUGGCUUCUGAAACAAUUGGCCUGAGAACUGUUGUCAAGGUGAAUAUAGGGAAAAUUGUUUGCUUGUGAAUCAGUCAACUUUUUUAUCUUCAUGGUGCUUAUUGAAAGUCCUUUGGAUCUUAACUGUUCUUGACAUUGCUUAGGGUUCUUUUGUUGCACAAAAGAUUGUUUUUAGAAUGUGUCGAAGAAAAACCUUAUUUUAUUUGUUAUGGUGGCAAUGAUGGGUUUUCAUGAACCAUUAUGUUCUGACAUUAGUGUCAUGAAUUGACUGUAAAAAUUGGCGGCUUAAUGGGAAGCUAGUGUUUUUUUGUAUUCAACCUGUCUUUUCUGUGCUUUGUCAUUAUAUAGUUCACUACACAUUUGAUUUCCACUUGGAUCAAGAUAUUGUGCUGGUUGGUGGGCAUGCAAAUAUUAACUAUAUGCUUUGUAUGUGUUUGUAUAUUGAAUCUGCAGUUUGGAGGAGAACCAAGAAUUAAUCACAGUAGCAAGUAGAGCCAAAUGCAGUGUCUGGCACAUGGAAUGCCAGUGGCCUGGGGGACAGAGAGGCCUGGACUUGAGCUGUGGAGAGAGGAAACUUCAACCGAGAGGCGUCUCCAGGUAAUUUAUCCUCAACAUUCCAAGCUUACUGAUAAAGAAAAAACCAAUAUUUGCUAUUUGUCUUUUCCAGAUUCAAAUUCAGGUUGUCUUGGAGAUACCCAGUUUUGUUUUAGAUUUCGACAGUCUUCCGGGAGGAGGGUGUCACUGCAUUGUCUCCUGGAUCAAUUUGACAAAGAUUUGCCAGUUUACUUAAAGAAGGAUCCUGCUUAUUUUUAUGGAUAUGUGUAUUUCCGACAAGUUCGAGAUAAAACUCUAAAAAGAGGCUACUUUCAGAAGUCCUUGGUUUUGAUCAGCAAACUACCUUAUAUUCAUUUUUUUCACACCGUGCUCAAACAGAUAGCCCCAGAAUAUUUCGAAAAGAGUGAACCUUAUUUGGAAGCGGCUUGUAAUGAUGUUGAUCGAUGGCCUGCCCCAGUACCAGGGAAAACAUUACACUUGCCUAUUAUGGGGGUGGUAAUGAAGGUACGGAUUCCCACAUGUCAUGACAAGCCUGGGACCACUCAAAUAGUGCAGUUAACUCAGCAGGGAGACACACACAUAUCUGUUAUUUUACCUACUGUUCAUGAGGUGGAUCUUUUUCGGUGUUUCUGCCCAGUUUUCUUUCACAGUCAGAUGCUUUGGGAGCUGGUUCUCUUGGGUGAGCCCCUUGUGGUCAUGGCUCCGUCACCAUCAGAGUCAUCAGAGACUGUAUUGGCACUUAUUAACUGUAUUUCUCCAUUAAAGUACUUCAGUGAUUUCCGACCUUAUUUCACUAUUCAUGAUAGUGAAUUCAAAGAAUAUACUACUCGUACUCAAGCCCCGCCCUCAGUCAUUUUAGGAGUAACCAAUCCCUUUUUUGCUAAAACACUUCAGCACUGGCCACACAUUAUUCGAAUAGGAGACCUUAAACCUGCAGGUGAAAUUCCUAAGCAAGUUAAAGUGAAAAAAUUAAAGAACCUGAAGACUCUGGAUUCUAAACCUGGAGUUUACACUUCUUAUAAGCCAUAUCUAAAUAGAGAUGAAGAAAUCAUAAAACAGUUACAGAAGGGUGUACAACAGAAACGUCCUUCUGAGGCUCAAAGUGUUAUUCUUCGACGCUAUUUUUUGGAACUGACACAAAGCUUCAUCAUUCCAUUGGAAAGAUAUGUGGCAAGCUUGAUGCCUUUGCAGAAAAGUAUUUCUCCAUGGAAGAGUCCACCCCAAUUAAGACAGUUUCUUCCAGAAGAAUUUAUGAAAACACUUGAAAAAACAGGACCUCAGCUGACUUCUAGGAUAAAAGGCGAUUGGAUUGGACUUUAUCGGCAUUUUCUAAAAUCACCAAAUUUCGAUGGUUGGUUUAAGACCCGGCGGAAGGAAAUGACCCAGAAAUUGGAGGCUCUUCAUCUAGAAGCUCUUUGUGAAGAGGACUUACUUCUCUGGACACAGAAUCACACAGAAGUAGAAACAGUAGACCUUGUAUUGAAGUUAAAAAAUAAGCUGUUGCAGGCUGAUCGAGAGCAUUUACCUGUGAAACCUGAGACUGUGGAAAAGUUACGGACGCACAUAGAUGCAAUUAUCUUAGCAUUGCCAGAGGACCUCCAAGGCAUACUGCUCAAAACGGGCAUGACAUGACAUUGCCAGAAUUUUCCAGCCAAAGAGGAUUGUGCAUCAUGAAGCAUACUGACAUUUCAACCAAGCGCACAAAAGAGAUCUCUUGGAGUGGAAAAUAGCUGUGAAAGCUAGAUACAGGGUGGAAAGACUGACUCUACUGUAUAUACAGACCUUUUUAGUGCAUUAUUUUUAAAAAUGUGUAUCUGUGGUGGUUCCACUUUAAUACUGAAACUCCAAAAGGCAUUUGUAUAUUUUUAAUCAUGUUCUAAAGUGCUCUUAUGAGAGACCUGUGGGCCAUCAGUGUAAGUGAUUCCAAACUGCAGUGCUGGCAUUGCAGAUAUUUUUUUAAAUUGGUGCUGCUUUGCCCAAUCAUGUUAAAACUCAGGGGGAUAUAAAAGUAACAUUCUCACUGGCUAUCUUCUUAAGAAGAAGGAAAAGACUGAAUUGUAGUUAUAAGUAAUUAAUGCUUUUGUAGUGCCUUCCGUUGUCCUUAGUAUUUCACGAAACCCAGCUGCUAGUCUUGAAGCUUUUCCUUGAUUAUGAUAUGUAAUUUUAUAAGGCAUUCUUUUGAGUAUCAUUACUUAAAAAUAUGUUUUUGUCUCUUACCAGUUUAUUAGUAGGAGCUUGGAGCUUUUUUCCCCCAAUUAUCAUUACUGGUUCAUUUCAUUAUUUUCUGUAUCAUUUUCAAAUUUAAUCUUACCAAUUUCUCCAAAGGUAAGAAGGCCUCAAGUAUUAAUUAUGAAGGAAUUUAUUUCUUCUUACCCUUUACUUAAUUGGAUAAGUUAAUUAGGUUGGACACUUUUCAAAGAAAUUCUAAUUAUAAAUCUCAUAGUCAACAAUUUUUAAACCAAAUAUUUUUAUUUGAAAGGCAUUCAUAAGCCUUUUAUGUGAUAGUCAUUUAGUGCUUGUAGAAUGAUUUCUAACAUUAUUUGCUUGGUAAGUUUUUUUCCCUCCAAAUUAAUUUUUCCCAGAACACUUUCCUAUUGUUUGACAUGGGAGCUUUUGCCUGAAUCACUAUUUCAGCUAGUUUUUUGUUGUUUUUAUCUUUUUCUUUUUUUUUUUAAACUAGACUACUUUGCCAAAAAUAGAAGAUUGUGGUUUGGUAAAGUUCUUUGGCUUGUGUUUGAAUAGGAGUAUCCUGCAGAAGCCACUAUUUAAAAUAGGCUCACAUGACAUAGCACAUAUGUAAAUAGCUGUAUCUUGAGUAAAUCUCAAGUAAAUAAUGAAAUUUAGCUAUAUGUAUGUGUAAAAGAAAUGGCUUCAGAAGCUAUCUCUUGUUUUCUGUUAAUACAACUCUUUAGAACACUCCUGACCCAAAAAAGGCUCCUUGUGUUCGUAACUUGUGGUCUUAUACCCAAAUGUGCCCUUUCCUCAAGGAUAUCGUCUCUUGAAGCAUACCUCAGUCAUAGAAUAUGGCAUUUGAAAGAAAUCAUUUGCCUUGGAUCAUAUGAGUUAUUUUGUGAACAACAGUUGUCCUUAUGGAAAAGGGGAACCUACUUUUAUAUGCUAAAGUAUUUCUUAUCUUUCUGGGGAACCUUAUUUAGGUAUAAAUGGUCAUCUUAUUAUUUUUCAAAAAGGUGUAUUUUAAUAAUCUUAACAAUUUAUAUGCAGUUUGUGACCUGAAUUUGAAAGUUAUGUGUCAUAUCAAGGAUAUUUUAAAUUAUACCACUACAGGAUAUAUCAUUUCAAUUUUAUUUUGCACAACUAAAGAGUAGCAAAGGAUACCAGUUAGCUUAAUAAUUCCUUCAUAUGUACUGUUUUUAACUGAAACCCAACACAUGUUGAAAACCCCAUCAUACUUAAUCAGUUUAUUAAUUUCAAAUUAUGUACUUAUAAAAAUAACUUAAAAUUACAUUGGGAACCUGAGAAAUACUGACUGGUAACUUAUUUUUUUGUGUGAUUUUCAGAGUUGUCCCCUUUCUUUAGGAGACAUUAAGAUCUAAAACCUGCCAUUUAAUGUUUAUCUCCACCAGCAUCAGAAGGAAUCACUGCUUUCAGGGUGUUAUGUAAUGCCUGGUGCCUUCUCUUAUGAGUGAAAAAGAGGUUUUGUGAAGGCAUUUAUGGUCAUUAUCAAAAACUGAAUUAAAGGUCUUGUAUUUUAAACUCUUGGAUACCUUGUGUUAUUUCUGAGUAGAACUAGAAUACUUGAAAGAAAAUGAAUAGUACAUGAAACUUGUACGUUAUUGGAUUUCCUUUACUUCCUGCCUUUUAAAAGAAAAUUCUAAUGAAGACCUUUUUCUGUGCACUUCAAUAUGAACAGGUGAAUAAUUCAGUUUAAUAACAUCAAUUAAGUGAUUUUACAUGCUUUAUGUACUGAUUGUAUGAAAUGUUCUGAUAAAAAUGUUCUGAUAACCUUGGGUGGUAGAAUCCAAGGUUAAUAAUCAAAAGUAUUGUUGAAUUAUCAUUUAUUUGCUACUUUUUUCUUUUUAAGAUUUAUUUAUGUAUACAAGAGCUGGGGUGUAGGCUGGAGAUGUAGGGGUGUGAGAGGAUUCACUAGAGACAGAGUGGGGAACAGAACAGGCAGACUGACUGAAAUACACUGCUGAGGGAACAGCGGGCGAGACAGGAGAGGUCUGCUGUGCCAUGUAGGUUGCUCCCUGGCUGGCCAGGGAUCAAACUGGUGCUGCAGAGGCUGGGGAUUGUUUCAUAGUGCGGUGCUUAACCCCUUGCACCACCAGGGAGGCCCUAUUUGCUACUUUUUUAAACCUUAAAUCUUUAAGUGUUAUUUCUUCCUCCUUUUAAAAGUAAGUAUGAGAUAUGAUUGUUUGGGUUUUUAACUUACUUGCUAAUAAGAAAACAUAUUGGCUAUUCCUUUUUGAAGUUACUGAGUAAUAGCCUUCACAGUAUGCUAUAAAAUAUUUUAGUACAUUUAAGAGGUACCCAUUAAAAUGAACCUUUUGUUUUCAUGCUCAUAACAUCAUUUAUUUUUAUAUACCCAAAGUUUCUCCUUUUAACAUAACUUGGGGGAAAAAAGUACUAACUUUCUAAUAUUAGUCCUCUAUAAACAGAUCGUUGAAGAAGACAAGUAGCUUCUCUACUAUGGAUAAAUAUCAUUUAAAUAGCAAAAUAAAUUAACUCAUAACGAGUAAAUUAUCCUAAAUAAUCUGAUGUCUCAUAUAGCCAGUGUUUAUAUGCCAUCUGCAACUUGUUUGAAUAUGAAUUUAUUUUUAUUAU